UAUUGUGGUGACUGAAUUGCUUUCCAGUACCAAGGCAUUUAGUUAAGCAGAUUGUGUUUCUUUACACCCUUGCGAUGAUCUCUCUUGACGGCGGUUGGUGACGAGUGGCUUGGGGGACGGCAGAAUCACACAAACCAGAGACAUGAGCAUGCAUACAAACCACAUCAUAACGAGAUGGGAUACAGCCCUGCCGGGAUCAUGAAUUACUGUGCUGUUGAAUGAAGAAUGUGCUGCUGAAUGAAGAAUUGGUAACACUGGGCAAGUGAAACCUCCAUCUCCUGUCCACUAACCAUGGGAAGUGCAGAGGAAAUGCACGGAUGGACAGUAAAAAUGAGCAUGCCGAGUGUUUUGGCCAUGGUUACGGUCUUUUCUAUGAUUCCUGGCGAGGUGCUGAGCGAUAUGAGAGGUACUCAGGGUCUGGAAGCCCAACAAUUGGCCCAAGGGUCCACUCAUCUGCACCGUCGCCUGAAGAGAGGCUGGAUCUGGAAACAGCUGUUUGUCCCCGAGGAAGAUCCCACUCCUCGCGUUAUUGGCCAGCUCAAAUCUGACUACGACCGAGGCGAGUAUUCCAUCAAGUACAUUUUAUCAGGAGAAGGCGCCGGAGAUGCAUUUGAGAUAGAUGAGUAUUCUGGGGAGAUCCGGACCCUGAAGAAACUCGACCGAGAGGAAAAGGCCUUCUACGUCCUUCAAGCCCAGGCUAUCAACAGGAGGUCCAACGAACCAGAGGAACCCCAGUCAGAGUUCAUCAUCAAGGUGCAGGACAUCAAUGACAAUGUCCCGCAGUUCCAGAACGAGCCGUAUGUGUCCAGCAUCCCUGAGAUGUGUCCAACCGGGACCACAGUGGCCCAGGUGACAGCCACAGAUGCUGAUGAUCCCAUGUUCGGAAACAACGCCAAGCUCAUCUACUCCAUCCUGCAGGGGGAGCCCUACUUCUCUGUGGAGCCAAAGACGGGGAUCAUUGUAACAUCUUGGCCAAACAUGGACCGCGAGGCCAGAGAGCAGUACCUUGUAGUGGUGCAGGUGAAGGAUAUGCUGGGCCUCAGCGGCGGUUACUCCUCCUCCACCACCGUCACCGUCAGCCUGACGGAUGUCAACGACAAUGGGCCCACUUUCCAGCACCACCUGUACGCCUUCGCCGUCCCUGAAAAUGCAGCCGUGGGCACCACAGUGGGCCGGAUUAUGGCGCGGGAUGGAGACGCUGGCAUCAACGCUAAGAUGACCUACAGUCUGGAGGAUGAUCUGGAGGGGAGCUCCACUUUUAUCAUCGAAACAGACCCAGUGACGCAGGAGGGAGUGAUACUGCUAGCCAAGCCGUUGGACUAUGAGACUAAAAGACGUUUUGUCAUGGCCGCAGAGGCAGUCAACGACCACGUGGACACUCGUUUCCUGCCUCUGGAAGAGUUCAGGGACAGGACGACGCUGAAGAUUGUCGUGGAGGAUGUGGACGAGCCGCCUGUCUUCCUCGCAGCGCUCUACGAGUGGAAAGUCCCUGAAAAUGCAGCGGUGGGAACCGUGGUUGGCAGCGUGAGUGCCAGAGACACUGACACAGUCAACAAUCCCAUCAGAUAUUCGAUUGACAAAAGGAGCGAUAACACAAAAGCUUUCAAAAUAGACCCAAACAAUGGAACUAUAACUGUCGCUAAAGCUUUGGACCGGGAGACUACAAACUGGCACAAUGUUACUGUUGAAGCCAAGGAAACAACACAGAACCAUUUAUCCUCCUCUGUGGUGGUGUUCAUCAAAGUGCUGGACAUAAACGACAAUGUGCCAAGGCUCGCCAGAGAUUACCAGCCAUAUAUCUGUGAGGGAACACAGGCGGGAGAACUCAUUCAGCUGCUCAGUGCUGUGGAUCCAGACGACCCCGUGGAGGGACACCACUUCUACUUCUCUAUGGUCUCUGAGAAGCACAUCAAUCCAAACUUCACUAUCAGAGACAAUCAAGACAAUACAGCCGGCAUCGUGGCGCGCAGGAGUACGUUCACACGCAAGGAUCGAACCCAGUUCCUCCUGCCUGUUGUGGUGACGGACAGCGGCUCUCCGGCUCUCUCCAGUACCAGCACGUUGACCAUCAGUGUCUGCAGCUGCCAGCCUGCCGGCGACUGUCCCACAGGGGGGGUGGAGGCCCUCGCCCUGUCUAUGGGGGUCAGCCUGCAAACCUUGUUAGGGCUGCUGGUCUGCCUUGUCACACUAACAGUGCUGUCAAUUCUAAUGCUGAUGGUGAGGAGGCACCGGCGGAAGCAGCAGGAGGGAUUGGAGGUGGAGGUGAAAGAGCUGGAGCUGCCGGAGACGGUGUCGCAGAAGGUGCUGUAUUACGGAGAACCAAGGGGGGGAGGGGCAGGCCUGGACUUCUGCCAGCCCGUCGUCCCGUUGCGUCACCACCCGAGGAGGAGGGAGAGGAGGCUGAGGAGGGAGGACGUCAGGGCCAGCAUACGGAUGUCCCUCAGAGAAUCCCACAUCAUCGGGCCGGACGACGACGUCUUCAGGCAGUUCAUUCUGGACAGGCUGGAGGAGGCCGAUCGGGAUCCUUACGUUCCCCCAUUCGACUGCCUCAGAAUCUACGCAUAUGAGGGGUCUGGGUCUCCCACAGGGUCUCUGAGCUCACUGGAGUCAUCUGAUCUGGAGCUUGAAGCUGAGCAACCUGUCAGUAAUCCGAGACCCUGCGUGGUUAAACUCACCCCUUGGUACGGAGGAGGAGAGGAAGACACCUUCUGAGGGCUCUUCUUCUUCUUCUUCUCCUUCUCCUUAAAUGGCUGUUCUUCUAAUCUUUGUAUGAUGGACUGGAGUUGGGCCGGUGUAAACAUUUUCAAACCGGUUUGAUAUUAAGCUAAACAACAAGUUAAUAAAUGAUGGCAUCGGAUCGGUGGCGUACUUGCCGAUACCCGAUCCCGAAUUUUGUGCAGUAUCGGAUGCAUUUCCAAUCCUAUUAUCGCCACAACUCUAGUGAGAGUACAGUAUGCAAAGAGGGAUUCAUGCUUUAAUCAUUACAGUUAUUACAGUGUAUAAUACCUACAGUAUUACUGACCUGUGCAAUUUAUAUUUCUGAUCCUAUUAUUCACUUCUUAUCAUGUUUUAUAUUUUGGUAUUUUGGCUCAUAACAGUUUGUACUGUACAGUAUUUGUAUUUUACAUUAUGAAAUAUAUAUAUAACUUAAUACUUCCUUUGAGUAAAUGUAUGUAUGGCAACAUAUUUUUUUAAACAGAGAUUUUGUUUCCUGAUUAGCCUUUUUUUUCCUCACAGAAAUUAAAUACAGAAGAGAAUCUA